GACACAUUAAUGGCGGAAAAAGGAAAGGGGAAUCGCCACAAUUUCUCUAGAUUUCUCCUUUCCUGUCUUCGUGGUCUUGGUUGAAAUGCUGGCGAAUGUUUCAUGUAGCCUCUUAGUUACUUGUUAUGCCCAUUAAGCUGCUAGGAUGGCGGCUAUUUAUGGCUUUUUAUUGGCGUGUUUUUGUUCUAUUGAUUUGUGGAUGUUAUAGCAAUAAUGGAAUCGUACACAACAGAACGACAAACUCAAUGGAUUAUUCUUCAUCGUGGGCCAUUCGAAUACCACUGGUUCAUUUUUCUAAUUUAUCUGAUCUCCAUGCGCUAGCAGACCGCAUCGCGGACGAGGCAGGCCUCGUAAAUCGCGGGCAAAUUGGAGGUCUCAAAGGACAUUACCUGUACAUACAUAAUAAUACUUUCUUCAAUCAAAGCGGAAUCAAAGAACACGUUCUUGGAAAAAUGCAGAAUAGCAUUACGGAACUUUUAGCCAAACAUCCAAGUAUCGAGUGGUCAAGACAAGAAGUAGUUCGAAUGCGUUAUAAGCGAAGCCUACAAUUUAAGGAUCAGUAUUUUCCAAGCCAAUGGCACUUGGACAAUUUACGAUUCAUAGGACAUGAUAUCAAUGUUACUGGUGUCUGGGAGAAUAACAUCACAGGACGUGGAAUAGUUGUAUCUGUUAUUGAUGAUGGUGUGGAAUGGACCAAUCCUGAUAUUCUUGACAAUUAUAGUUCAGAAGGCAGCUGGGAUAUCAACUCCAAUGAUGAUGAUCCAAUGCCAAGAGCAGAUGAGGCUGGCUUAAAUCAUCAUGGAACCAGGUGUGCUGGUGAGAUUGCUGCUGUGCCAAACACAUACUGUGCUGUAGGUGUUGCUUAUGGGGCAAAAGUAUCAGGUGUACGAAUUCUUGACGGUCCAAUGACGGACAGCCUUGAGGCCAUGGCAUUCAACAGUAAGAUGCACAUUAAUGACAUCUAUAGCUGCAGUUGGGGGCCUGAUGAUAAUGGAAAAACUGUUGAUGGACCUCAUCAAUUGGCACAGGCUGCUCUCGCUCAUGGUGUUUUAGCUGGUAGGAAAGGUUACGGCAGUAUUUUUGUUGUGGCAUCUGGCAACGGAGGACAUUUCAAAGACAACUGUAACUUUGAUGGAUAUGCCAACUCCAUUUACACUGUUACAAUAGGUGCUGUGGACGAGUUAGGAGAUAUGCCAUAUUAUGCAGAACACUGUGCUGCCAUGUUGGCAGUCACUUACAGUAGCGGACAAGGCAUGCAGAGGAACAUAGUGACAACUGAUUGGCGCUUAGGGACUGGCACGGGUUGCACAGACAAACAUACGGGAACCUCGGCUGCAGCGCCCUUAGCUGCUGGAAUGAUCGCCCUCAUGUUACAAGCAAGACCAUGUUUGUCAUGGAGAGAUGUCCAACAUAUUAUUGCCAUUACUGCUGUCAAGCACGAUGUGGACGACAGUGAUUAUUAUACAAAUGGAGCCAAGUAUCACCAUAGCCACAAGUAUGGAUUCGGUCUUCUGGACUCUUGGCGACUGGUUAACACAGCUAAGGUAUGGAAGGCGGUGCCCUGGAUGACAUCUUGGUCAACACCCAUUAUUCAUGUUGGAAAACAGAUCCCGACAUCAACCAAUCAACUGAUAGAAAAGUACUACGUGUCUAAAGACAACGUGGGAGAGGUGGUUACUUUAGAACACGUCACUGUCACAGUGAAUCUCAAGCAUCGGCAUCGUGGAAACUUAAUGGUCAGUUUAGUGUCCGCUGAAGGAACGACAUCCAAACUGGCAACAGCAAGACAACACGAUAGAUCUUCGGAUGGUUUCGUGGACUGGACGUUUUCCACUGUUCGAUGCUGGGGCGAAAAACCACAAGGAACUUGGCAGCUGAUCGUUAUUGAUAAUGGUUUUGAUCACAGCCGAGGUUUCCUGAAGGAUUGGAAGUUGACUUUCUACGGUUCUUCCAUGACACCAGAAGAGAUACAGAAGAGACAGAGAUUGGUGGAGGAAGCUUCUAGUGGCAAGUACCUUCACAGUAACGAUACUCCACCUUGUCCGCCCAGGCCCCCACUGUACGCACCACAAGAUGUUGUGUCCGAGAGAACGCUCAAGGUAUUACUUUUGCUCGGCGGCUUCUGUCUAUUGGUGUCCAUUUACUAUACUGUCGACGUCGUGUUCGAUUGCGAGGCUAGUGACGAGGGAAGCGCAGACACGGCGAGUGGAGAGCCACAGGAGGAGACUCCUCUGUUGUCUAACAAACUGGCUGAAGAGGAUCAGAUUAGACUAAGUCAUAUUUUGGAGAGAGGCGCCAAGAAGGGAGUUACUCAUGAUGAUCGUUCUAAGGAAAUGGAUCACGUAGCCCCAAGCAAGCAUUCUACUUCCCCAGUGGACGAGAAAAAACGCGUGGAAGAGUUUGAAAGAAGACUUCGGUUUGCCAUGGAGCAGAGUCUCUAUCUACAAGCACAGCACCUGAGUGCUAUGGAUAAGUUUGAAAAGGACCUGACAAAGGCUACAGAGGACAGCUUACUCACUCAUGCGCUUCAUAAGAGUCGUUUGGAAGAAACAGACGCCAACAAAAAGAGUAAAGUGCCGCUUAAAGGGAUUUUAAAGAAACCACGAGGUCGCAGCUCAAGAUAGCCAUAAGAGAUCUUCAUUACGGUCUGGGAGAUGUUAU